GCUCUCUUCUCUCUUCACCACCGCCAACGACAGUGCCAAAGGACGCUCUCUCGAAAAUGGCAUCAACCGCAGUGUUACGUUCCUCUCUUGCCCGACACAUUACUCCAAACCUUGCGCGCCGUUCUUUGAUCCCAUUCGCGCGCUCAAACUCUCAGUUUGUAUAUGUACCCGGAGGCCCUAUCAUCAAGGGCGGCCCGAACGACCCAACCACAUUCCCUCCACCCUCUAAGGUUCACGGCUCGUACCACUGGGCGUUUGAGCGCCUUCUCUCUGCCGGCCUCGUUCCCCUCACCGCUGCUGCCUUCGUCACCAGCGGCAGCAGUGCACCUCUCCUCGACGGUAUCCUCGGCGUUAGCCUCGUCAUGCACUCACACAUCGGUUUUGAUUCCGUUCUCGUCGACUACGUUCACGCGCGCAAGUUCCCCAUCCUCGGCCCCCUAUUCACGUGGAUUCUCCGAGCCACGACCGUCGGGGUCCUCGCUGGGGUCUACCAAUUCAACACCCAAGAUGUCGGCCUCACGGAGCUGAUCAGGAGGGUUUGGACCGCAUAG